CUCACUCUUUGGGUUUUGUUCCCCGCAGCGGGGCGCCGCCCCCUCGGGCAGACUCAGGCCCCGCCCCAAUCCACGCCCCGCCCCUUUCCUCUGCCUUCGCAGCCGCUGCUCUGAGCUGGGCGAGCCGCGGCGGCGGAUGCGGGCGGCUCCGUGGUUGAGCUGAGGCGCUCGCUCGCUCGCAGGGAACUGUCAGUCAACAUGGCAGCGGCAGAGGAGACGGCGGAGAGGGAAAGCGGCGGCGGCGAAGUCCUGUCUGUCUACGUGUUCGACCGGCGCCAGGCGGAUUCGGACGGCGAAGACAAAGUUGUGAAGUGUCCUGAGGGAAACUACGGCGCCUUCCGUAGCGCCGUGUGCCAGGUAUUUGGCAUUUCCUCCAAAGAAACUUUUAUUGUCACAACCACAAAUAGAAUACGGAUCACAAAUGAAAACUUUGGGGGAAUGGUUAAAGAUGGCAUGACCUUCUAUUUGCUACAAUCAGUUGACCAGUCACUCCCCUCUGCAACAAAAGAGCGUAUUGAUUUCCUACCACAUUAUGAUACACUUGUGAAAAGUGGAAUGUAUGAAUACUAUGCUAGUGAAGGACAAAAUCCUCUUCCGUUUGCUCUUGCAGAAUUAAUUGAUAACUCUUUAUCAGCUACUUCUGAAAAUACUGCCAUCCGGAGAAUACAGUUAAAGCUGUUAUUUGAUGACUCUCAAGGGAAACCAGCUGUUGCCGUGAUUGAUAAUGGAAGAGGCAUGAGUUCUAAACAACUGAAUAAUUGGGCUGUGUAUCGGUUAUCAAAGUUUACACGACAAAGUGAUAUGGAAAGUGACCAUUCAGGAUAUGUACGUCCUUCAGCAGUACCCCGCAGUUUAAACAGUGAUAUAUCAUAUUUUGGGGUUGGUGGUAAACAAGCAGUGUUUUUUGUUGGACAGUCUACCAGAAUGAUAAGCAAACCUGCAGAUUCUAAAGAUGUUCAUGAGCUUGUACUUUCUAAAGAAGAUUUUGAAAAGAAAGAGAAAAACAAAGAAGCUAUAUACAAGGGGUACAUUCGAAACAGAAAGCCAUCUGACUCUUCCCAUAUUGUAAAUGAUGAUGAACGAUUCCUGCACAAUCUUAUCAUGGAAGAAAAAGACAAAGAAGGUUUCACUGCAGUAGUUAUUACAGGAGUACAGCCAGAACACGUGCAGUACCUGAAAAACAAUUUUAACCGUUGGACGAGGCAACUAUCACACAUAUACCAUUACUAUAUCCAUGGACCAAAAGGAAAUGAAAUUAAUUUGCCAAUGAAGGAAGCAAGAACUUUCAACAAUAUUGAUAUUGAGAUUUCAAUGUAUGAAAAAGGGAAGACUCCUAAGAUUGUGAAUCUUAGAGAAAUUGACAAUGAUAUGCAGACAUUAUAUAUAAGUACAGCAGCGGAUAGUUUUGAGUUCAAGGCGAAAGUUGAAGGAGACGGUGUAGUGGAAGGUGUUAUACGCUAUCACCCUUUCUUGUAUGAUAAAGAAACCUAUCCUGAUGAUCCUUGCCAUCCUUCAAAAUUAAAAGAUGACAAUGAUGAUGAAGAAUGCUAUGUAAUAGAAAAGGGAGCAAGAGGGAAAAGGCCUAUUUUUGAAUGUUUUUGGAAUGGAAGACUAAUACCAUACACAACUGUUGAAAACUUUGAGUGGUGUGCUCUGCCCAAGAGAGGUCUUGCCCCAUCUGAAUGUUACAACAGAAUUUCUGGUGUGUUAUUUACAAAUGACAGAUUUCAGGUCAGCACAAACAAACUGACUUUCAUGGAUUUGGAAUUGAAGUUAAAAGACAGAAACACAAUUUUUACAAGAAUCGUCAAUGGGCAGGAGCAAAGAAUGAAAAUUGACAGAGACUUUUCAUUGUGGCUCAAGGAGUGCCAUGAAAAACAUGACAAACAAAUAAAAUUCACACACUUCAAAGAAAUAAUUACACGCACUGAGCUGCACUCUAAGCGCUUGCAGAGUCCCUGGUCUACAUAUUUGGCAAUAGAAUGGGAUGGAAAGACAUACAAAGCUGGGCAGCUGGUAAAAACAAUUAAAACAGUUCCAUUACUCUAUGGCACAAUAAGGAAAUUUUUUCUAUAUGGAGAUCAUGAUGGAGAUGUGUAUGCUACAGGAGGAGAGGUUCAGAUAGCUUUGGAACCCGAGGGACUCUAUGAUGAAAUCAAGGUUAUACCAAUAUGCAAACUUGAUCGUUCCGUUUCCAACAAAGCAGUGAAGAAAUACAUUGAAGAGGAAAUUUCCAAGCUUCCUGAUAGGUUGUCAGUAACAUGGCCCGAAGGAGAUGAAUUAUUACCAAAUGAAACCAAGCUUGCAGGAGCUACCAUAGGAGCACUAAGAAUUGAAAUAUUGAAUAAAAAAGGAGAGCCUAUGCAAAAGCUUCCAGGGUCAGGUCAUGGAGCAGCGAAGAAAUUGCUUGUGGAACUUAAGGUCAUUUUUCAUUCCCAUCAUGGAGAUAAGGAAAUCAUUUCUCAUAUCAGUCAGCAUGGGGGAAAAUGGCCUUACUGGUUCAAAAGAAUGGAAAAUAUUACUAAACUUGGAUCCUACACAUUGAAACUGCAAGUGGUGUUGAAUGAAAGCAAUGCCGACACUUUUGCAGUAAGACCUCUUCCAUCAGAAACAUUUAAAUUUAAUAUAAUAGAGGGCAAGCCUCAGAAGUUUUCAAUAGGUCUUUUGGAUCCCUCAUUUCGAGUUGGGCAUCCAUUCAAUAUUCCUCUAGAUGUCCAGGAUGAAUUUGGUCAUGCUACUCAUCUGACAGAUGAUAUUGUGCCAAUUCUUGAGGCUAGUGGCUUAACAUUACAGUAUGAAGAAAUAGAUAAAGGACCAAAUUGUGCCAUUAAGGGUGUAACUGCUAAAGGCCUGGUAAACAAUAACCAGGGCAAGAACUUCAAUCUGAAAGUUACUCUUCCUGGCCUGAAGGAGGAAUCCCAAAUUUUGAAAAUUAAACUUCUUCCAGGUCCACCAUGGCAGCUAAAUGUCAAACCAGACACUGAGACAUUGAAAAUUGAAAAUGGAACAGCAUUUCCUUUCCAGGUUGAAGUGCUGGAUGAAGUAGGCAACAUAACAGCACAACCAAAACUAAUAGUUCAUUGCAAGUUUUCAGGAGCUCCAGGCCUUCCUGUAUAUGCUGUGGAUUGCAGCAGUGGUGGGAUAAAUAUAUUAACUGGAUCAGUUCUGCAUGUAGAGAAUAUAAAGAAAGAUCAGACGCUUAAAGCAAGGUUUGAAAUACCUAGUUGUAAAAGUGUACCACCAUUGGAGAAGACUAUUAAAUUGCUUCCCAGUAGAUCUGUUGCAAGAUUACAAAUUUUUAGCAUCGAGGGAGAAAAAGCUAUGCAGAUCCAACACCAGGAUGAAAUUAACUGGGUUGCAGGUGAUGUGAUGCAGAAUCUCAUCUUCCACAUGUAUGAUGAAGGGGACAGAGAAAUAGUAAUAACUCCCACGCUGGCUGAAAAAGUUAAGGUAAAUUGGACUCCAAAGAUUAAUAGAGAACAGUUGGUUAAUGGCUUAUUACCUGAUGUGAAGGUACCAACAUCUGUAAAUGAUGUGCACUAUUAUGUAGUUUCAUUCCAUGAUGGGCAUGUAUCUUUGGAAAGUGCAUUCACAAUAAGACCACUUGCUGAUGAGCCAAAACAUAUUAAAUGCAAAUUAAAAGGAUCUAAUACAAUACAAAUGGGUGAAAAACUACAAGAAGAAAUUGAGGUAAUGAUUACAGAUCAACAUGGAAAUCACAUUCAAAACCUGACAUCAACUUGUUUGGAUUCCUUGAAAAUAGACGGUAGUGGUCUGGAUAAAUCAGAAUUGAGAAGUGUUUGGCAGGCAGAUACACAAACUAUUUGUGUCACAGGAAUCAGGUUUAAACCAGGUCCUCCUGGAACGAAAGAACUGUGUUUUGCUUGGCGUGAAUUUUCUCAUUUCUUGAGACUAAAUUUAAUUGCAGGACCUCCAGCUAAAUUGGUGCUUGUGGACUGGACAGAGUUGGAAAACCCUGUGUCAGUGAUUAAUGGCAAAGAACUACAGAAGCCACUUAUAGUCCAGCUGUGUGAUCAGUGGAAUAACCCAUCUUCUGAACCUGAUGUCAAAAUCAACCUUUUAAAGGCUGGGAACUUAAAGAUUAUUCCUUCAAACCAGCAGCAUAAAACAGAUGAAAAUGGCAGAGCAAAUUUCGGAGUUCUUAGAAUUCAUGCUCCUUGGGGAGAGCAUACAUUGCAAUUUAAAGCCACAUACAACAAGAACACACUAAACUGUCCAGUAAUCAGAUUAAAUGUUCAGCCUGACCCCGAGAGGCCUGUACGUUUGAAUGUCAAGUAUGACACGAAUGCUACCCUUGUAGCUGGAAACACCUUUCCUGAUUUCAUUAUUAGUGUUAUUUCUGAAGCUGAUAACAUUAUUAAAAAUAUAAGCCCAGGAAUAAUUUAUAUGAAAAUGUGGGAAGGUAGUAGAACUAUACCACAAAAUGUUACAACGUAUGUCUGUACCAAAACAAAUGAUGACGACAGUAGCUUUUUUUACUUCAGGCAAAAAAUGGUUCCAGAGAAAGUGGGCACCUACAGCAUCCAGUUUGCAUUUGCCAUUGACAAAAUAAACAUUCUUAACAGCGAACAGAUUGUUUUUGAAGUGGAGCCUAAUGAACCAACACAGCUGAUGCCAAGAAUUUUGCCAAAUACUCCUACCGUUUCUAAUGCUCAGAGUCUUGGCAGUCGGACCCUUGUCAAAGACUUGACUCUCGUUAUUAUGGAUGAAUAUAAAAACUGCACUGGCAAUGACUUGGAUGGGAAAAUCAUAGCUAAAAUUCGAAGUUCAACUGAUAAAGUUAAGGACAUCCCACUGUUUCAGGGUAAAACAGAUACAGUUGAGUUUCCAUUUCACAGAGGAAUUGUUGAAAUUGAGGAUCUUGUGCUGGCAGAAAAUAGUCCAGGGAGAGAUAGUACUGAAUAUAUUCUUGUAUUUGAGCCAGAUAUACCCAUUUUGAAUCAACGUUUGGAACCUUAUUGUCUGCCUUUUAUGUUUUAUGAUGGUUAUAAGAAACAACAGCAGAUGGCCACUCUUUCAAAAGAGAGAGACGAGCUUUCUAAGUCAAUAACUGCAUAUAGAGACACGUUUGACACCAGAAAUCAGCUUCUAACUGAACUGAAGCGUCAAGUUCAGGAGGCUGAAACAAGAGAGGCCCAACUGAAGGAUAAACUGAAAAGACUUCGGAUUGAUAUACCUCAGACUAACGUUCUGCACUUUGCUUAUUCUCUACUAAAAGAGAAAAUCUCUGAGCGGGAAGGAAUAAUGAAACAACCUAGAAGAACAUGCACAUGUUCCGAUUAUCCCAAAGACAAAGAUGUUUUGGGCAAGAUUUCACACUUAGCACAAAUUGAAGAUAAUGAAGCAGCAAAGGUUAUUUCUUGGCAUUUGGCAAGUGACAUGGACUGUGUUGUCACUUUGACUACUGCUGCAGCUCGUCGUAUCUUUGAUGAAACCAAAGGUCAGCAGCAGGUGUUGCCUCUUGAUUCUAUUUAUAGGAGGAGUCUUCCAGACUGGAACAGGCCUUUACCUCACUUACAAAAUGGAAGAAAUACUUUCAAGGCUAUAGGAAAUCCUGUGUUUGCCAGGAACUUGCUAACAUUUCCGGAGCACACAGAGAAUUGCCAGACAGUGUUUGGGAUGCUUUUAGGAGAUGCCAUUCUUAUUGACAAUUUGGAUGCUGCCAAUCAUUACAGAAAAGAGCUUGUUAAAAACACACAUUGCCCAGCAUUAUUGACAAGAGACGGAGAGAGAAUUCGUAGCAAUGGAAAGUUUGGAGGUCUUCAGAAUAAAGCCCCUCCCAUGGAUAAGCUUCGAGGAAUGGUUUUUGGAGCACCUCUGCCGCAACGAUGCAAAAUUCUCUCUGAACAGAUAGAUCUCCUUCAGCAGUACCAGAAAGCAGUUGCAUGGCUUACUAAUAAGAAGACAGACCUUGAUUUCCAGGAGCAAUUAUAUAAUAGUCCAGAAACGGAAAAAAAGAAAGAAGAGCUUGCAGACCAGGAAAAAAGACUCAAGUCAAUAGAGCAGGAAUUGGGCAUUACCUCAUCUGGUCGAUGCUCCAAAUCUUCAGUUCACAUGGAAGAACUUGAUACAUUUGACAAUCCUAGCCCUCCAAAAAGAAUGCGGAGAGAAACAGCAAAACGGUCACUCAGUCCAGAAGAAUGGGUAUCAUCUCCUCCCAUGAAGAAACAGCAGCAAAGAGCAACACAUAGAUCAGAUGUUAAUGGAACAGCCCGAAAAAAGAAACCAUAGACUAUAAACAGAUUUCUUAAAAAGUAACUGUAUAUUGAAAUAUGUACAAGCUGGGGAAAAAUAAAUUCAUGUUAACCACCAUUCUUGUAUACUUCUAGAGAAACGUUGUUAGUAACAACUGUUAAGCUUUAUUUUGUAUAGCUUUUUCUAUGGUUAUUAGACUUCAGUAUGUGGAAGUAAUAAAUAUGCUUUUUUAUUUAUGAUAACACAUUCAGAUUUUACAAUAAAAUGGCUACAAUACUA